CCAUUGCAGUUCAGGAGAGAAGGCUUAGGACAGUUGAUAUCGUGCCAUCAUGUUGAGAUUUCUUGUGCUGUCGUUAACCCUGAGCUACACUCUGGCCGUCAGUGAUACGUUCAAAUGGAAGGAUUGCACGACCGCAGCUAACAGGGCUCUGGCCGUUUCCAAUAUCAAGGUCUCGCCCCUCCCUCUGACUGUCCCGGGGCCGCUCACCCUCUCAUUCGACGCCAGUUUAAGCAAGCCUCUCAACAAUGUUAACCUCAUCCUCGAGGUCGAGAAAAACCUGGGGUUCUUCGGUUACGUCAAAGUCCCUUGCCUCAACGAAAUCGGCAGCUGCACGUAUGAUGGUUGUGAGAAAGCCACAGAGUUGGGGAAUUACCUGAAAGUCACCGAUAACAGCAUUUUCAAGCAGAUCUACACGAUGUUAAAGAAUAACCAUAUUAAUCUGUUCGGGUGUCCAGUGCCAUCCCCUCAGACAGGCUCAGUCAAGGCAUUCAACUACACAAUCCCCAACCCUGGCAAACAGUUCGACUGGCUAGUGAAUGGUGAUUACCACAUCAUUGCAAGAAUUCAGGAUAAAGUGAGCAAAGUCGAUUAUGCCUGUUUGGAUCUGAACAUUGGUGUCAUGAGGAAAGCGUAAAAAAUAAACAGUGAUCAAGUUUCACGUUAAAGUUAAAAGCUUUGCUUCGUCUUUUCAUUGCUGGUUUCGUAGGACACUUUAUUUCAGAUUAAUGUCCAUAACUGGCGAACAGCAAUACGAAUGAUCUUUACCCGCGAAGGAGUAUUUGUACUAUGUUAAGUAGACGUGUAAAAGUUACAGACAUAUUUGACUAAAGCCGUUAACUCUUCAAUGGGUUGUCUCCCUUUCUAAUGCAAUUUUUUUUAACCGUAAUGACAUUUUAAGCAUUAUAAUUAAU